AAAAUGGAUGUUUCCAACGCUUACAGACGAUUAAGUUUCUCUCCAUCAACAUCAACUCAAAACAGAGCAGCAUCUCGCCUUACGAAAGAAAAAAUUGACGAAAUUUUGCAAAGUCCUUAUGAAACUGAUUAUACUUACUCUUAUACUUAUUCGUAUAAACCAAAUGGAAGUAGAGAAUAUAUACAUCCAAGACUUUGUCGAAGAUUCACUUCUACGCCUGGCCAGAUUGAAAAACAAAAUAUUUUUCUAAAAAUUUUGAUUAUGCUUUAG